AUGGCUUACAACAACAACAACAAAAAUCGCAACAACAACCACAAAGCGGGAAAAAACCCAAACUUUAGAAACAAAUCCCAUUCCAAAAAUUUUAAACCAAAAUUUAACCCAAGAUUCAAACAAUUUAAAAAAGAAACUGCAGUUGAGAUCCAAGUAAAGUUGAAUCGUCAAAAUCCUGACACUGCGAUCCAACGCGCAAAGGUUAUGGAUGGUUCCGACAAAUCCAUUACUGUUGCUGUCAAACGUCAAAUGAUGAAUCGUUUAAUCCAAACCAAGAAUGACAUGGCGGCUUCAAAGUUCAAAACCCUGAUGAUUUUUGCUAUUGCAAGACCACACCUUGCUGGCAUGGCAGCUGAAUGGCUUCAAGAAUUUGAAAACGACCAAAUUGAAAAGGAAAACACUAUUAACGGCGAACGCCGUUCAAAUGCUACUACUUUAACAAUUCAGGAAUUUAUCCAUCAAUUUGAUACUCGUUUCUUGCCAAAGAACAACAACAUGGAAAUUCAGGAAUUUAUCCAUCAAUUUGAUACUCGUUUCUUGCAAAAGAAAAACGACAUGGACAUUCAAGUCAACUUAAACAAAUUAACUCAUACUGGUACUUACGACCAGUUUAGAAAUGCCUUCUUUAAAUUGUACGAUAGUAUGAUUGAAAAGAAUGAUGCAGCAGUUAAUAGUUACACCUUAGACUUGUUUAAAUCCAAGGUUAGACCAAUGUUCUAUCCAGAACUCUCAGCCAUCCACUCCAUUUCGGAAUUACGGUAUUUCCGUCCAUCAGAAGGUCUGUUAGCUGGUGACGAGGCGUUACAAAAAGCAAUCAACUCUACCAACUCAUCAGGUCAUCAAUCCCAACCUACGAAAUUCAACAACUCAAACAAUCAACAAUGGGAUGAUAAGAAAGUGUGCCUCCGUCAUGGUCCCUGUAACCACACCACCAACGAGUGUUCUGUAAUUGCUAACUUAAUUGACGCGGAUAAAAAGAAAUCCAGUAAGCAGUUCACUAAGUCGGAGUCAAAAAACGUCGGAGUCAAAAAACUAGUUGUGUCCCGGGAAGACAUUAAACGCGACCUUUCUCAAACCAAUUCUCAUGCCCAACUGCAAAUUAUUCAAAUAAAUCUCAAUGCUAGUGAAUCUAAGGUGCUCUUCAUUUACGUCCAACUUGAAAACAUAAAUUUCCAUAAAGCUUUAUUGGACACUGGUAGUGAUUCGAAUUUGAUAUACAGCAACUUGGUGUCUAACUUGCAAACUCAGCAAAUAGCACCAAUGAAAUUAUCUUCUCCAGAUGGUACGUUCCUAGCCACGGUUACUGAAAAAAUUUCAAUAUUUUGGCCAGCCAUAAAUGAAAAUGUCACAUUUAUUGUGGCAGAUUUUGACAAUUUCCCUAUCAUCUUAGGAGCAGAAGUUGCUAAGAAAUUCCUUAAAUUCCCUGAUACUAUCCAAGAAUGGAAUGAUGAAACAAUGAAACUUCAGGAUCCAAUACCCGCACAAGCUGAAACUGAUACUAGUCCAAUGGAUAUUGAUCUGGUCGUUGAUACUUAUUUAGAUGAGGUUGACGGUUUGGAAGAGAACUUGGAAGAAAGAUUUGUCCUGUCUUUGAUGUUAUCCCAAAGUUCCUUGUUCCCGACCAAAUACACAAAAUCUUUCAGUAUAGAUUUUAAUAAACAAUUACUGAAUGAAAAUCUUGUAGUUUCCAAUAUAACAACAGAGCCAGAUACUCAAUUUCAUCAUAAUGAGAAAGCACAAACACUAUUGCAACAACUUCUUAUCGAAUAUAGUGAUACAGUGAACAAUGAACAAUGA